AUGUGGAUCCUGGAAAAUUCAGAGGCCUUUGAUGGCCGAAAGUUAUGGUUGCGACCGGGGAAAACCUAUCUGUUUGGUCGAACAGCCGCAGAACCCGGCCAACUUGCGAUAUCACACAAUACAAUCUCGCGCAAGCACUUGACCAUCACCGUCAGCCCUGUCGACAAAGGCCAGGCGCACAAUCCAAGGAGUCGCUCUACGCUCACGAUCGAAGAUUUGGCGACAAAGAUAGGGACAGUCGUCAAUGGAGAAAAGAUAAAAGGCAAGAGGAAGGUGAUUGAAGGGGACAAGGUCGAGUUUACGAUGGGGAAAUGCCCAAACAGAUUCAGCAUCUCGUGGGAACCAGUUGUCUUUGCGUUUUCUUUCACCAGCAAGGAACUACAGACAGACCCCCUAACUACACUCCGAGCAAGAUUCGAGCAGCUUGAUAUCAAGCUGGUAACAGAAUAUGUUGACUCGACUACACAUGUUGUCUCAAAGAAGCGAAAUACUGCCAAAGGGCUUCAAGCCUUGAUCAACGGGAAACACAUUGUGACGGAAACUUUUCUCGAUGCAGUGGCUGAAGCCGGAAAUUUAGCGGAUGGGGCGGAGACCACCGAGUUGAGCCCCCUGGAGCAGGAUUUCGAUAAAAACUGGCCCGAUGCUAUGCAGCAUUUACCUCCAAGGGGAGGCGAGCCUGUACAACACCCUGACUCGACGUAUGCCCCAGAUGCAGGGAGACGCGACAUAUUCGAAGGCUACAGCUUCAUCUUCUAUGACCCUGUACAGUACAAUAACUUGCUAGCACCUAUUACGAGUGGUGGGGGCAAAGCGUUGUUGCGAAAUGUUGUCCCCGAAGAAACUUCGGUCGAUGAUUUUGUUCAAUACGUCAAAAGUGUCGCUGGUGAAAAGGGCCUCGGUGCCUUUAACGACGGCAGUGAGGGCAAAGGUGUAGUAGUAGUACGCUUCGUUCCUUCGAAAGGAGGUUCAGUUGACUGGUAUGUUGAUUUCUUCAGGUCUGUAUCUCUGAGACUGGACCAUCGUCCUAUUGAGCAGAGUGAGUUUCUGGAAGCAAUCCUCAUCAAAGAUGCGGGUAUUCUUCGACGUCCUCUCGAGGUUGAGUCUGCACAUAAUACUCAACACCAACACCAGACGCUUCAAGAUCCUGAGGUGGCCAAUGGGACACAGCACCCUGCCACACAGGCUGAAAUGUCUCAGGCACCCGAUGAGUCACAGCUUGCUCCUCGACGUGGGCGGACAAGGAGAACUGUCAAGAGACGCUUUGCAGGCUUCGGCGGAGAUGAUGACGUUGAUAUGGACGAUAUUCCUGCAGCAACAGUGCCUGCAAAUCAACCCGCAACCCGUGCUGCGACUCAGAAUGCGACGCAAGCGCCAGCAGAGGAAGGAGGUCUAUUCGUGUCUCAGGAGCCAGAUGCACCCCUAGAAACGCUACCUACCAGCAAUGCCAGGUCUUCACAAAGGAAGAGGCGAGCUUCACCUUUGCCGCAAGAUGGUCUCAUGGAUGGUAUGACAACCGCAGCAGAGAGAUUCAAGCGUCAACGGAUAGAGCGAGGUGAAGAUUUGGAGGAGCCGGCUGAGCAGAUGGAAACUGAGACAACCGAGAAGGUCCCAGAGCCAAAGAAGAUCAAGAAAGAGUUUGAUAUUUUAGCAAUAGCUGCACAAAACAGAGAGCAAGAAGAAGCUCGUGCACGAGCUGAAAAGGAAGAUUUGGCAAAUCUGCCAGAUGAUGUUGAUCUUGCCGAGAUUCGCAGACUCAACAUCGUGGAGGAGAUUGAAGUACGACAGCCUAGCAAUCCCCGUACUCGAGAACAAGAUAUUCGUGACGGAAGAUGGGACCCCAAGUGGAAUGGGAUGAAGAACUUCAAGAGGUUCAGACAACGCGGAGAGGCGACAGGACGACAGCCUGCAAAGACUAUUGUGCCUUUAACGCAGGUCAAGACGAAGGAGUUCGGCGUUGGAGACGAUUACUGGCUCGAGGAUGAGGAAAUGGAGCGGAGAAAGGGGAACUUAAGCCAGGCUCCUGGAACACAGUCACAACCAUCUGCGCCCACAGCACCAUCGGCUUCAUCUCGUGCCCAGAAAAGGGCAUACGCUAAUGUCAUAUCAGACAGCAGCGACGAAGAGAGUAAUUCAGUAUCGCAACGAUCUUCGGUACCAGCGACUCGAACACGAGGGGCACAGGCCACAGCACCACAAACACAGUCGCAGGCUAAAUCAAAGAGCCAAGCAUCACAGAACACUAGUCAGGGGAGUAAACGAGCUGCUGCAGAGCCUGCUGCAGGACAGCAGCCUCCGAAGCGAAGUCGGCCAACGAGAAGGGCUGUGGAAGUCGCGGAUAGUGACAGCGAUGACGAGCUCAAGUUUCGAUUUGGAAAGAGACGGUAA